AUGUAUGGCCCAGCACUUCUAACGAUCACUACGACUGCGGGUAAGGCCAGAAAGAGGCAGGCCACGGAGACUAACCUUCCCCACGAGCCUUACUUAUCACAUCCAUCCCUCAACAGAUCGAUCCUCCAAGCCCAUCAUCCACUGCGCCACAUGUCGCUCCCCGCCUCCUUUCCACAACCGCCCCACAACCAUACAAUCGUCUCCCUUCCAUCCUUUGGGAUUGGCACCGAUCUUCUCCCCCCAUCUUCACACUCUGUUCUGCUAGUGCUUCUGCUAACAUUGCAUAUAUCUGUCAUUGUACCCAACCCUACCCUAACCCUACCCAACAUCUUAUCCAAUCCACCACUCCACUCUAUCCUACCCUAA